AUGGGCGUCCCUGGGGUGGUGGACAGUGUUGUGUCACCCCAAACCCCAGGGAGAUGGGCUCAAGGGUGGUGUCCCCGCACCAGGGGACAAUGUGACACAGACUGUGUGGUGUGUGUGUGUGUGUCCCCACCACAGGAGGCCAUCAUGGACGGGACGGAGAUCGCGGUGUCCCCGCGCAGCCUGCACAGCGAGCUGAUGUGCCCCAUCUGCCUGGACAUGCUGAAGAACACCAUGACCACCAAGGAGUGCCUCCACCGCUUCUGCUCCGACUGUAUCGUCACCGCCCUGCGCAGCGGGAACAAGGAAUGUCCCACGUGCCGUAAGAAGCUGGUCUCCAAGAGAUCCCUACGACCAGAUCCCAACUUUGACGCCCUGAUCUCCAAGAUCUACCCGAGUCGGGAUGAGUAUGAGGCCCACCAGGAUCGUGUCCUGGCCAAGCUCAGCCGCCUUCACAACCAGCAAGCAUUGAGCAGCAGCAUCGAGGAGGGGUUGAAGAUGCAGGCCAUGCACAGGGCUCAGCGGGUGCGGAAGCUGCACCAGGAGUCGGACAACGCCACCUUCAGCGGAGGAGAAGACAACUGCGACAGCCGCUCCCACCUCAGCAACGCCUCGGCCCCCAGCCACCCCGAGGCCGGGCCCAGCCGCAAACGCUCCCGAGCUUCCGACGAUUCCGGGCCCGAUCCCGAUCCCGAAACCUCCCACGAGGGGGGCGGGAGAGGGAGCCCCGAGCCGGGCGCGGAGCCGGGAAGCAGCGAGAUCGAGCUGGUUUUCCGUCCCCAUCCGCUGCUGGUGGAGAAGGGGGAGUACUCGCAGACACGGUACGUGAAGACGACGGCCAACGCCACGGUUGACCACCUCUCCAAGUACCUGGCGCUGCGCAUCGCGCUGGAGGAGGCUCCGGGGCCGGGCCCCGAGGCGGCGGCGGGGCUGGAGGAGGUGAGCGAGAAGCAGUACACCAUCUACAUCACCACCGCCGGCGGAGCCUUCACG